AUGUCGAACCAAGUGGCUGAAAUUGAAGAGCCCAAGAUUCCGGGUAACUAUUCCGCAAGGACAAAUCAUAGGUGGAUUCCAGCUGCUGAAGUCAACCAAUCUUCACAAUCCGCAGAAUCAUCAAAUGUUAUUAGCACAAAGAGCAGGCAGGAGGAUGUUGAUGAAAUUCACCAAACUUUAUCCAAGUUUCAUGUGUCGCCCGGACAGAUGUACUCAACAGAAUCAGGUCAAAUGUUUCAUGCAGGAUCUAUUUGUAUUAUUCUUGUUGGUCUCCCAGCCAGAGGAAAGACAAACUUAGCAAUUGGUCUAUGCCGCUAUCUUCGUUGGUUAGGUGUCCGGACCAAUCUUUUUCACUUUGAGGACUAUAGGCGGGAUUAUAUUGGAACACAAAACGAUGGUCUCCUAUCUGAAGGACAGCUUGAAGAGCAGAGACAAUGUUUACGCAAAAUUGUCGUUCGUGAAAUGAUUGAUUUCUUCAAGAAUGACAGAGGUCAAGUGGCUAUCUUUGACAGUGUUAAUGGUAAUUCAGAUGAAAGGGUUGACUUGGCUUUGAAAAUGAAAAGGCAUGAUAUUAGGACUGUCUUUAUUGAAAGUCUUGUUGAUGAUCAUGAACUUCUCAAAUCUAAUAUUAGGGAGGCCACAAAAUCUCCCGAUUAUGAGGGUUGGGAAGAGAAACUGGCAAUUUUAGAUUAUACAAAAAAAGUUGGUAAAAUGUCGAAGUCUUUUGAAUCAUUAACGAGGAAAGAUUUUACAUGGAUCCAGUCGAGAAAUUUGGGACGUACAGUUCUUGUUAAUAAAUUACAGCAUGAUUUUUUAACAACAAAAAUAAUAUUUUACAUAAUGAAUGUUCGUCUUAAAUCAGGUUCCGUUUAUUUUGCUCGUUGUUCCAAUAAUAAGCUUCAGUUUAAAAGUGAUCCACCAUUAACUAAGACAGGAACUGAAUACAUAAGCAAGAUGUAUAAUGCGUUGCUUCGUCACUUCAAUAGCACACGAUCAGGAAAGGGAUUCCCUCCAGACUUAGAAAUCUGGACCUCUACCCGGCUAAGAACAAUGCAAGCGGCCGCUGUUUUUAAAGAAGCCGGACUUGUCGUGAAGCCCAGGUCAGAAUUAAAUCAGCUUAAUCCAGGUGAUUCUGAGGGCCUAACUGAUCAAACUUUGAAAGGAAAGUAUCCGUCAGAUUAUGAGCACCACAAAUUGGAUCCAUACCACCAUAGGUAUCCUAGAGCGGAAAGUUAUCAUGAUCUGGCUCUUAAAUUGGAGCCUUUGAUAUUAGAAGUUGGAAGGAUAGAUAAUGAUAUAUUAAUAAUUGCAGAUGAGACGGUGAUUAGAGUUUUUUAUGGGUAUUUAAUGGCAUCAUCCUCUUCGGAUAUUCCUUUUAUGCGUUUCCCUUCCAACGAGAUUAUCGAAAUAACGUACAACGCUUAUGUCAAUAAGGCAAAGAGAAUUAAGAUUCCUGGUAUAUCUGCAGAUUGA